AUGGGGAACGCGUCGUCGACGUCCGCGCCGUCCGCGGCGCCGGCGCCGAACCCGCCGCCGUCGCGCCCGCCGAAAAACCCGCUCGAGCGCGUCUUCGGCCCGCCGCGCCGCGACGGCCCGCUGCGCAACCCGGGAUGGGACGAUCGCGUCGCGCGGACGACCGCGGCGGGGUUCUUCGCCGGCCUCGCCGGCGGCGGCGCGCUCGCGGCGUACCGCGAGUCGAUCCACUACGCGACGAUCAUGGCGAACACGUCGGGGAACUGCGCGGUCGUCGCGGGGAUGUUCGCGUCCGGGAAGGAGGCGAGCCGGCUCGUGCGGCAGAGCGACGGCGACGCGAUCGACGCCUUCGUCGGCGGAUUCGCCGCGGGCGCGGUGUGCGCGUCGUGGUGGCGCGACCGCAGGUCCGCGCUCGCGGGCGGGCUCGCGCUCGGGUCGCUCUGCGGCGGUAUCCACUGGAUCCUCGACCCGGCGUCGGACGCGAGCGCGCCGGCGCGCGCGCUCGGCUUCGCCGUCGACGACGGCGGAUGGAUGGCGCCGACGUGGUUUCCGGUGGUGCGUUCUAUCUCACACUGGUUCCCAUACGACCGCGUCGGCGUGGUGAACGCCGAUCCUUAA